CCGUCGCACACUUAUACACGGGAGCGUUAGAAAAGUGUUUGUAGCGUUUUUGAGCUACGAUGAGAUAACCACCGCCAUGUGGUAGCAUCCGUAUGGUGGCGCGAUCCAACAAAAAACCGGCUGGAUCAUUUGCUAACAAACCACGCAACGUGACGGAAGGGCGUUCGCGUGUCGCGUUAAACAUUGAUUGACCUCGAAAGCACCCUCUCUCCCAAAUAUGGAGAUAAAAGGUACGGCGACGGUGGUGUUGCUGGUGGCGGCACUGGCCUUAGCCAUUCCGGCUGCGACGGAUGGGGCCAAGAUAUUGGGUAUCUUUCCGACAUCCUCCCGGUCGCACUACAUCGUCGGAUCGGCUUUGAUGAAGGAACUGGCCCGGCGUGGACAUGAGGUGACCGUUAUCAGCCCGUUCCCGCAGAAGAAGCCCUUAAAGAAUUAUCGUGAUAUUGAUGUGACGGGGGCAGAUGAAGCCGUGAAAGACCUAGUACCGAACCUACUGGACAUGGCUAACCAAGGCAUUUGGGAAAGCAUCACGUUGACGUACAAAUUUGGUCAAAUGCUUGCUAAUAUCACGCUGCAACACCCGAACGUUGGCAAGCUGAUCGCUUCGAACGAAAAGUUCGAUCUAGUUGUCAUGGAGAAUUUCCUUAACGACGCCCACUUAGGAUUCGCCCACCAUUUUAAGGCACCGUGCGUUGCAUUGUCCACGUUUGGUGCGUCACGAUGGACCAACGAUAUGGUCGGUACACCAUCGCCUAUCUCGUACGUACCCCAUCCGUUCCUGAGCUUCACCGAUCGCAUGUCGUUCGUGCAGCGUAUCGGCAACACGUUGAUGAACGUCAUGGAUAUGGUGCUGGGGCAGUUGUUGGAUUAUCCCGUCCAGAGUGCGAUGUACGAGGAAGCGUUUCCCGACCCGAAACCCACGCUGGAGCAGCUGCGUCGAAGCUCUGUAUCGCUGGUGUUGUUGAACAACCACUUCAGUCUUAGCUAUCCGCGUCCGUACGUUCCGAACAUGAUCGAGGUGGGAGGAAUGCACGUUAAUCGCAAACCGAAACCCCUGCCGGAGGAUAUUCAGACGAUCCUGGAUAAUGCAACCAACGGUGUGAUCUACUUCUCGAUGGGAUCGAACAUUCAGAGUAGCCAGCUGCCGGUGGAGAAGCGAGAAGCGAUCCUGCGAGUGUUCGCUAAGUUGAAGCAGACUGUCCUGUGGAAGUGGGAGAAUGAAACGCUACCCAACAAACCCAGCAACGUGUUCGUGAAGGCGUGGUGGCCACAGGACGACGUGUUGGCGCAUCCGAACGUGCGUCUGUUCAUCACACACGGAGGUUUACUCAGUACGACCGAGUCCAUGUACCACGGUGUGCCGGUGAUCGGUAUCCCGGUGUUUGGUGAUCAGUACCUAAACAUGGCGAAAGCGGAACGAACCGGUUACGGGUUGCUGGUACCGUACCAGGAAAUAUCUGAGGAGCGAUUGUCGAAAGCGAUCAACCAGAUCCUCACGGAUGGAAAGUAUAAAACGGUGGCAAAAAGCAUCUCGGCUCGGUACCGAGACCAGCCCCAGGAACCUCUCGAGCUGGCUGCGUUCUGGGUGGAAUACGUGAUCCGUCAUAAAGGUGCGGAACACCUUAAGUCGGCCGGGCAGGAGCUGGGUUUUGUGCAGUAUCACGGCAUCGAUGUACUGGCCACCAUAAUCGGGGGUCCGAUUUUGUUUUUCCACCUGCUGUUUAAGCUGUUGUGUGGUGGACGUUCGAAAAGCAAGAAUUCGACGAAUACGAAGAAGAAGCGUAAUUAAGGUAAGAUAAACCUUUGUACUAAUUGUGGAUGAAACGGAGGAGCGACUAUUAAAUUUAGUAGAUGAAAAAUAUGGUAACA